UCUACACUCAGAAAUAUAUGCACACCCACUCUGAUAGUUUAACUGAACUGAAAGCAACUGAUACAUCGACGGUGUUCCCACACUGAAGGUUUCAGAGCAGAGGAAGAAGUCUGAAAUGCAGACAUCAACGGGAACAUCUUUUUUGGAUUCUCCAGCAGAUAACUGCUCAAUCUUCCUGGACUCUGAUUUUCGCUAUGUCCUUUUCUCAGUCGUCUAUAGUAUCAUCUUCAUCCUGGGCCUCUUUGCUAACAUCUACGUGCUGUUUGUCCUUCGUGGCCUACGUGAUGCAGACUCCUUCGGAGAAAUUCGAAUCUACAUGACAAACCUGACAGUCGCUGACCUCCUUUUUGUGUGUGCCCUUCCUCCUUGGAUUGCAUAUUAUGUUCGCCUUGGGAACUGGGUGUACACAGACUUCAUGUGCCGGCUGACCGGCUCGUUGUUCUUCAUCAACACCUACUGCUCUGUCCUCUUUCUUGGAGCCAUCAGCGUCAACAGAUACUGGGCAGUGACCCGGCCUCUGGAUGCAGCCUCGUCAGACUACAGACGCCGUGGGAUCAUUGUGUCUGUUGUCAUCUGGGUGACGACCACAUCAAUGGCUAUACCAUCUUUGGCCUCUUCAGGGAUCCACACUGACUCAAACAUCACUCGCUGUUUUGAAGGAUACCAAAACCAAACUGAUUUUGAGAAGAAAACAGUGGCUGCCACUCAUUUUGCCAUAAUUGCAGUAUUCAUUGUGGUCUUUUUUCUUGUGGUGGUGUGUAACUUCCUGAUUGCACGGGUACUUCUGUCUAGAAACCCUCUGUCAGAGUUCAGGUCUGCAACAUUGGCAUCUAGGAAGUCCAAUGGUGUGUUGCCUUCAUUUAAAAGGCCAAAAGGGGUAAAACGGAGAGCUCUGCAGAUGUUGCUGGCUGUGGUUGGAGUGUUUGUUCUGUGUUUCCUGCCUCACCAUGUCAUUCAAGGCCCCUGGACACUGGCAGUGCUGCAGAUCACAGAGGGCUGGGGCCAGGUGGAGUGGGACCAGCAGACUCGUCAGGGGCUCAACGACACACAUCAGGUCACUUUGAUUCUUAUGAACCUCAACUGCAUUCUGGAUCCUGUGGUUUAUUAUUUUGUCACAAAGAAGUUUAGAAGGCUCAUAAAGGCUCACAUAAAAAAGUUGAAACAGAUAGGUGGGUGCUUAAAGACUUCACAGCUCUCUAUGGACAACAGGAAUCAGAGCCAGGAGUUCAGAGCCGACACUAAAAGCCAGAAUUGAAUAUAUUUUAACAUAUUUGUAUAAAAAUGUGGUAUGUUGUUACUUAUGUUUAAAAUUGCACUUUUUAUGUUGCCUGUAAGAUUAUGACCUAUGUUUUGUAAGCAUUUUGAGACUUAAAUAUACCGGUGUUUUAGCCUUUUAGUGAUAAUGAGAUAUAUUACUCCUUCAUGAGA